AUGCGGACUAGCACCGUCUCCUCGGCAACUUCGUGUGGCCGUCCAGUGACGCUGCUGGAGGCUUUUGCGAGCAGCGCCGCCGCUCUUCGGCAGUUUGGCAUUCCGCGCGUUCGCGUUGUAGGGCUGAGUGAAGGAUGCACACAGGAGGAUUACGAGCGUCAGCGCGCGCGCCCAGAUGGCAAGGACCUCGAGACCCUGCUUCAGGAGAGCAGCCUGCGUGGCCCACACGGUCGGAUUGACACUGCCCGCCGUCGCACCCACAACGAGCAAAGUUCCCUGCACGAGGCAGCGGCGCAUCACGACGUGCCGGUUGUGACGGAGCAGGAGUUUAUGCACAAGUUUGUCUUCCAUUCUCGCCCGUGCGUCAUCCUCGACGCGCUGGAGGCGUGGCCAGCGCUGCACAAGUGGCGAGAUGAUCGCUACGUGUUUGACCUCGACCACACUCUGCCACUGGAGGCGAAGAAGUCUGACUCUGAAGAAGAGCAAGAUGAGGACGAGGACGCGAAAGAGGAUGACGAGGACACCGGCACCAACGAGCCGGUCUGCAAGCACGCAGGUGCGACGAAGUCGAUGGGGGAAGCAGUGAUGCGGCCCAAAACUGUCACGGUGGCUCUGACGCCAAACGGGCGCGCUGACUCCGUCACCCGCGUCACGUACGCGACUGCCGCCGUGCCAGCCGAGGAGGCGGCCCGCGUGUACGCCGGCGAUGAGGCCUGCAAGCAGGCAGUGCUCCUCUCUCCACCCACCCACGUCGCAGAUACAGACGGGGGCGGCGCGAUUCGGGAAGAAAAAAUUUUCAUGUGCGCCGCGGAGCUGCGCGUGACCUUGCCGCAGCUGUACGGCCUUCUGCUGUGCAGUCCCAUGCGCUCGCCGCCGCACCCCAUCGGCAUUGACAUGCGCACCUACGCGGACAAGCAGCGCACGCCCGCUAUCGCCUACGCGCAGCUGCAGAACAACUGCCUGAACACGGAGUACACGCACCUGCACGUUGACCUGCUCCCGAACGUGGAGCGCUUUGGCUGCCGUGUCUUCAGCAAGGAGGCAGUGGAGGCGGCCAACGUGUGGUUCGGCAUCCCCGCGUCGGUGUCAUCGAUGCAUCAGGACUGGGUCGAGAACCUGUACUCGGUGGUGCGUGGCGUGAAGGAAUUCGUGCUGAUUCCGCCGUGGGAGGGCCCCUUCGUGCCGAAGCCGGAGAUUCCCGCCGCUGCAUUCGCUAUCGAUGAGGCGGCGAGCCUGAUCGACCCUGAGGACGACCGCGCCGAGAGCUGGUCGCUUCAGUUCAAGCAAUACCCCGUGAAGGAUGGCACUGUGGUGCCGUGGAUGGACUUCGACCUCGCCGGCGCAGACGUGGAGGUGGACGCGGAGGGCGCUGCACGUGCUGAGCUGGAGGGCCGACUGCUAGAGAAACUUCGCGUUAGCACGUCGCCAUCGCCGUCCUUGUCAAGCGCCGAGGCGAAGAGGGAGAGCAACGGUGAAGACGUGGCUGCCGCGCGCGAAGAAGCCGGCCGCAAGCCGCUACACCCCUUAGUCAUCUACGUACACCCCGGCGAAACGCUUUACCUGCCCGCGAUGUGGCUUCAUCGUGUUGCCCAAUACCCCGAUAGCACCGACCUGCACGCGCGUAAGCGGCACAGCGAGUCUGCCAACGCGGCAGCGUCCGCCUCGCCACCGCCACUCCCCCUGACCGCCGCGGUGAACUACUGGUAUGACAUGAGCUUCAGCAACCCGUCGGUCGUGCUGUUGCGUGAGUUUGGCCUCCUACUGUGA